AUGAGUCUCUGCACCACCAUGCAGCGCCCAGUGACAUCAUCCGCCACACUUCUCCGAUGGGUGAAGCCCUCGGCCGGCCAACGCUUCUCCCAGUCGUUGCGCUGCUUCUCCUCGAGUGGAAACGCCUACAUGUCUUCCAAACGUGAUAUGCAAACAGCGACUGCAUACCGGCCACACACACUCCCGUCGUCUUUCCCGAUGCCGCGCAGCAACGGCGUCGCCGAUACCUCGAUCACCGCCGAUUUCCCCUUCCCCACAGAACCCACCAAGACCGCCUCGAAAUCAGAGUCCUCCACAGUCUCCCUACGAGAAGGCGAAGCUCAGAAGCCCAAGCCGACCACGACCACCUCGACCGCUGCUCUGAAGACUUCCCCGAAGCCCCGUCGGCCAUUGAGGGCACGCAAGGCGGCCAUGAAAUUGACACCGCUGGCUACGGAGCAGCUUCGCAAGUUGAUGGUGCAGCCUGAGCCCAAGUUCAUCCGAGUAGGAGUCAAGAACCGCGGUUGCUCGGGUUUGGCAUAUCACCUCGAGUACGUGGAGAAGCCGGGCAAAUUCGACGAGAUCGUCGAGCAGGAUGGCGUGAAGGUGUUGAUCGACAGCAAGGCUCUGUUCAGCAUUAUUGGCAGUGAAAUGGACUGGCACGAAGAUCCGCUGAGCAGGCGAUUUGUUUUCCGCAACCCCAAUAUCAAGGAAGAAUGUGGUUGCGGUGAAUCCUUCAUGGUUUAA